UAUGGCAGGUUUGGUUGUUGCAUGGACGCCAAAUAUGCCAUGCUUGCCUGUCCUCCUCAGGAAGGAUCAAAAUUCAGAACUCUGAUCCCCUGCAGACGCGCCCCACUACACCCGCACCCAUCACGAAACAUCAGACCCAAUCAGAUUGGGAAACCUCACAAUCAAUCGUUGUCAAAACCUAAAUCCCCUUUUGACUCUGGUGCGAGUGACCGCAGGCCACAAUUCCUCCUCGUAUCGUCUUCGUUGUCACAGAAAUGGCUCUGACUCACACUCGCUCACUCGUAUAUAUACUGGAUGUCCUUAUCUUUCAACACUUUCUCUGCCCCUCUCUGUCUCGUUUGCUCUCUCUGUUCUCUCUGUCUCAUUUGCUCUCUCAUUCUCUCUCACUCUUUGUGUUGCUUCAAUGGCUUCCGAGCACUGCUUCUUCUGCAAGGCUGAGAUUGCUGAGUUCAUUACUGGCUGGCCGCUGAAAGAUGGCUCUUUCGCUAAGCUCUGCGGGAAAUGCGGUUAUGCUUAUAUACAUGAUCAGUUUUGUGAAACUUUUCAUGCCAAGUCUGAUGGAUGGAGACACUGUGAUGGCUGCAAGAAGCGACUCCACUGUGGAUGCAUUAUGUCAUGCCACACGUACACGGAACUGGAUUAUGGAGGUGUAGGUUGCAGUAAAUGCUUAUUGCGAAGUAAAAAAUCUAUGGAGUCAGCUGCCAAUGAAGGGACGUAUUUAACAACAUUAUCUGAUUCUGAUACCCAUUCUGUGGUAUCUAAUGAGAUAAUUGCUGAAUGCUGUUCUCCUGGAUCAUCUAAAGGAAAAGCUUCUGCACAUAUUGGAGAAAACUCUAAUGUGGAUUCUAGUGGACAUACAGGUUGUGAAGAAGGAGUAGAGAGUGAAACGCCACGAGUGGAUGCCUCUACUCAAAACCAUUUAUCGAACAUUGAUGCUAUACCUCUGUUUGAGAAGUCAUUAACCGCAAGUGAUACUUUCCUGAAUACAGCACGUCUAGUGAUACCAAAGAAAUGUGCAGAGGCCCAUUUUCCAAAAAUUUCUGAAACACAAGGAUUCCCCAUUGUAAUUCAGGAUUACACAGGCAGGGACUGGAAAUUUCAGUAUCGUUGCUGGCAAAAUAGUAACAGCAAAAAGAUGUAUGUAUUAGAAGGGCUCAAGGAUUACAUGAUCUUAAAUCAGUGGCAAGUUGGGGACACAGUGACGUUUCAUCGAACAGAACAAGAAGGAAAACUGAUUAUUGGAACAAAAAAGAUGCCAGCUUCUAUUGCUUCUAUUCAAGCUCUUAAGGAAAAAAUUUGGAAACUACUAGGCUGAAGGGAGACCAGGACCAAGUGAACCUUGUGCUUUGUUGGAUGCUUGAAGGUCUUUAUGCUCAUUCAGUCAUGAACCUAGUGUGUCAGUGUCACGGAGACCUUCCUCUUAGGCUUAUCAAACUCUCUGAGCUUACAAAGCCAAAAAGAAGUAAUUUUCUUCAUUGUUCCCAUAACAAUAUUUCAAUACUGUAGGUUUUUUUUUUGUUUUUUUUCUUUUUCUGAUAAGGGUAAUUUGAAAAGAUAGGGUCAGAAAAGAGAGGAUUUCUCCAAGAGUUCCAGCAAUAUAUACUUGUGAUUGUUUCAGGAUAAAAUAUUGUCUUAAACAAUGCAAAUGCAAUCUUUACCAAAACAAAAAAAGAAGCAAGAAAAUUGGGAACUUGUGUGCUUCAUAAUGCUCUUAAGCACAAUGAUGCAUUGCUCUAAGAAAAUCAAGUCUUUUGUACGGGAACCUUGAUGUUAUGGUGUAACCUUUUACUAAGGAUGUCCGUGGUCAGGGUUAGGUCAGUAACAAAUAUUUCUGAUGAAUUUGAGAACUACCCCAGUUCAAAAAUUGUUUAUUAGGUCAAACUAAACAAGUCUUGCUCAUCUGAUUGAUCUAUGGAUAUGUUUUUAUUUUAUUUUAAUCCUUGCCUUAAAGAGAUAAAAAUACAUUUUCUUUAUAAAACAAAGAGGUUUCAUGUCUCUACCUUCCUUAUAGAUUAAGUUAACAAGAAAUUGCUAUAAUACACAUUUUGCUGAAGAACUGAAAAGCUCAUUAAGUUUGAAAUUUGAAGAUCCAACAGUUUUCAAGCAUUCAGAUUUCGUAUAGCUGUUGCUAGUGAGAGCAUUACUAGAAAAUUAUCCCUUAAUAUAGCAUGAUAGCUUCCUGCCUUGCCAACAUUGUGAAGAGUCUGCGGUUACCAAAAACAGCAAUUUAAAUAGAACUUGUAAUACAUCUCAGAAACUAAAAUUAAGCUUUACCAAUUGUAGUGUACUCUUGAAUAGUUAAAAAGAAUCCAGCAACACUGGCUUGACAACAGACAAGUAUUUCCAAGUUAGGUUACUAUAGAGUAUGAGGUAUUUUGGUUAUCAAAAAACGCAUUAAGAAAGAGAUUCUUGAAUUUUUCAUGUUAAGUUUUACCUAAGUACACAGCCUACUAGGCGACUGAUUAAAGUCCCCGCUAAAAAUGAACUUCUUAGAUAUUGGAGUAUUCCAUUUUACCAUUUAGAGGUCCAUGAUACAUUUGAAAUCUUUCUGUGGCGACCAUUCGGGAUUAUGAAUAACUUGUAUUAGUUGAUAACCGUACUCUGGAUUAUAUGCUUAUUCCAAUGAAGAUAUUCAAAUUACUCACCGAACGGCGCGGCCAUAAGAGUAACAAUUUUGAAUCCUCCCCUUUAUGCCUACCCUUUGCCUUCAUUAUCCAUCCAGUAACUCAUAUAAUAGGAAAGGAUCUAAUGAAUUUCUGCCUGUCUAGUGUGGGGCUCUUGUCUGUGACAUUCUUCCCCACAUAUAAACCCCCUACCUACCUGUUCCAUCCUACCCCUGUGAGUCCCAUUAUUUACGUGGACAUCAUUGUGUGGGCGCUUGGUGCAAUAUUGAGAGGAGUUGGGCCUACUUUGGUGUUGAUACCACAUAUUAGGUGCCUUAGAUCAAACUCAUUCCGUUCUGAUGGGGGUUCCUCGUUCAUCACAGAUUGACGAUUGUGUCCCUUCAGGGACAUCCAAUAAACAUGGAAUGAGAUAGACUGACUAAGUUUAAAUACUGUUGGUCUCUUUUUAAAUACAUAUCCAGUUUUCGCAUCCCCCCGCCCCCUUUUUGAAAACAAAAGAAAAAAGAAAAGAAAAAGAAAGAACUCCUUGUAGACCUGAAAAAUCCUUGCUGCCUGUCCUUUCUUGGGGGCCUAAGUGAAAAGCUGUAUGACCAGGCCAACAUAUCAUUUGAAGAUUCCACAUUCCACAGCUAUAUUUCUUUGAGUUGACCAAGCCAUCCUUCAAUGGUGGUAUAAAGAGGGUUUACAAUUCUAUACUGGAUAUUCGUUGGCUGCUCUUGUAGCACUUUAAACACUGAAUUUUGUCAACCAUUGAUAGAGUCAGUUUCCUCUCUCUUUUGCUUGUAUCCGUACGUGUGAUCUGAUUUUCUUAGAUUUGGUAAGUUAGUUUCUGAAACAGAAAAUAAUUAUGAAUAAAAUGAGUUAAUGAUAUUAGCUUAUGCUUAAGUCCCGGCUAUACAAAGUAAGCUGCAAACCAGAAAAUUCAAAAGCAUAAUUGUUGAAAGCAAAGAAUCUGAAUUUUGAUGGAAAUAAAAAGGGUGAAUAGGCAUGACAGAGCACAGCUUUUGCUUCUUUGUUUUUUAAUUAUUGAAAACUAAACUUUCAUCCACUUGAGUUUGAAUAGCAGAAAGUUGGAGACUAAUGGCUGGCAUUGCGUAAAUUUAACUAUGUUUUAUCUAGAAUCAUUGAUGUCAUGCAAAAGGAUUGCUCCUACUGCUGAUGGUCAAGCAUAUUUUCUAAACUUUGAUGGUUGGAUAACUUAAUCCUUUCCCUUCUGUGUUACCCAUCUCCUUUGUUUUUACAUAUGCAUGAAAGACCUGCUACAUCUGAUAAGCUCUUAUCCAGACAUUGAAUGCAUCGCUCUCCGGAGCUUACCUUGUAAGUAGUACUUAAUCAUGUUUCUGACUUCAUUGCUUUCACAAGCAAGAUGGCAUUCACGCACUCUAGCUCUUUGAUUGCCUCAGUGCAUGAGUAGCCAUAAGAUAGUGUUCUGGUAGUCCUCCCCACUCUUUAGGAUGGCAAGACAUUAGGCUAAAAGUGUUGUUCUCCAAUUUUAGUUAAAUAUUAUCAGAAUGUUACUUUGGAAGCUUUGAAAAGUGACUAACAAUUGAGAUUCAAGGGGUUCUUUCACGCUGGGUGUUUAGCUAUGCUUCAAGCUAUGUAGUACCAACUUAUUAUUAUCCUUGUAGUACCAAGUGGUGCAGCUCUUAAAUUGGAAAAGAUGAUGAAUUUUUCCUGGGCUGAUUUAGAGGGUGGGCAAAAAGGCCAUCUAGUGAAAUGGGAAUUGGUGACUCAAAGCAUGGAAAGAUGAGGCUUAAACAUUGGCAAUUUGUUGAUGAAGAACAUUGCUCUUUUGGGUAAGUGCCUUUGGACAUUUCCUUUAGUAGGGGAGUCAUUGUGGCAUGCUGUCAUAAGAAGUAAAUAUGGGUUUGAAGAGAAUGGGCGGGAUGAAAAUUCAGCUGAGAGGGGUUCUAGCUGGAGUCCUUGGAAAGCCAUUUUGUUAAGGGUAUGAUUUGUUCCUACCAAGGGUGGAAGAAUUUUCCUUGAAAGAAAAGUUCCCUGCUGUUUAACUUAUCAUAUUAUAAUAAGAAAACAGUAGCAAGAUGAGUAGAAUUUUCAUCUGAUUUACUCAACUGCACUUUUGGUUUGAGUUUAAAUGAUUUCGAGAACGAGGACCUUUCUUCAUUGCAGGCUAUACUGAAGAUUCAGUUGUACAGUAUGAUCUGGAAAGCCAAGGCUACUCUGAAGGUCGAUCAUGGAAAAGUGAGUUACCAUGGGCAUGCAUUUCUCCUCACUGGUGUAUCAAAGAGGAUGGGAAGAAGGUUUAUCAUGUGUUUCUGCACUACACAGUUGCAUUAAGUCUGUUCCUUAAACUGUACAGGGAGGCUGAAGUGAGCUGGGCAAUCCCAAAGGGGUGCCAUGCCUUGUGUGAAAAGCAUGUAGAGUUUGGUGGUAAGAAAAGGGCCAAAGAGAGAAAUAGGAGACUUUUUGAAGACAAUGGUGGGAUGGAGGUGGAGGAUCUUUGGUAUUAACUCAGAUUUUGGUUAUUGCGAAGCUUUCGUGAAGCUUUCUUUUCUUUUCUCUGCAGCAUUCGUGAAGCUUUCUUUUUCUGUGUAUUUUACUGGGAAUUUGAUAAUGUUUCAUUUCUGGUAGUUAGAUUUGAGAUUGUAUCUCCAUAGUAGACUACUUGAGCGUGCACUCUUUCUGUUGUUAAUAUAAUGUUUCCUUAGGAAAAAAAAAAAAAUUAAAGGUUUACAGUGAGGCAGGGAAUUGAAAAAAGUAUAAGAAAUUGAGCUGCUUUUUUGGAGGUAUAGAAAAAUCCAUUUCUGCUACUGAAGUACCUAGUCCUGCCAGUGUUGUAUGGAGGAUGAGUUAUAGCUUCUUUUAUAAUCAAAAGUUACUGUAACAAAAAGUUCUUGAAUGAUAAGAUAGCAUUCUUGGAUGUCUAAAUGUGUCGAUGCCUUGGGAAAAAUAUAGAACUUUUAAUUGUGCAUGGACCUUUAUAGGCCCUUUAGUUAAUACUUAAUAGAGCAUCCACUUGGUUACCAAGAAUUCAUCUAGCUUUGAAAGUAAGCUAUGGCAGAUUCUAUUUUCAAUCUCUAAAUAAUUCUCUGAUUUUGUGGUAAUCCUUUUGUUGCAGACCAACUGUUUAAGCAAAUUUAUUUAAUUUAUUUGCUCUGUAGAUGUUAAAUUUGUCAAUGAUAUUUUGUUGACAAUUUUCUAAGCAUAGAUAGCCGUAGUAUUCUUUAAAGGUUCCAGAAAAUAGCCCUCUCAACAAAUUUUCUCAUCCUCUGAUAAGAUUAUUUCCCUUUUUAUUUCAAUUGAUAUUUAAAAUUUAAACUGUGGCUUUCUGGAGUGAAUCAAAAUGAAUCACUCUUGCAAUUUUUUCCACCCGUGGCAUUUUCAUCCUGCGAUUCUUAC